UGGAGCAAGCCACUUGGUUAGCUCAACUUUUUGUUUAUCGCGCCCCUUUUGGAGUUACGUCUAUACGUCUAUAAGUAUAUAUAUAUAUAUAUAUACAGUAUAAAUAUAACCCCAUUGACAAGAGAGAGAUGAUGUCGAUGCACCAGCUGCUUCUGUACUCGCUUUGCCUUUGGGCCGUGGUGGUGUUUUGUGCCCCAACUCCCAGUGAAUCCCGUCGCGUGAUCUUCCUGAAGCCGAAUGGCAUACAUCGCGGCCAGAUUCUGGCAACGCAUGGCAUGGAGAAGACCUGCCCCAAGUGCCACAUGCUGGAUCAUCGUGGCAAUUGCAGGCGCAUCAUAGCUUACAAUGCAGUCCAACGUCUGCUCAUCCUGACCUUUGUCGUUCUGGCCAUGAUCUUGGCCCAGAGUCCACGGACUACGGAAGCCCGCCGCCUGAUCUUCUACAAUCCGCAUACCAAGCCACUCACCAGCCAGCUCCUCGUCUCACGCAGGCUCACGAAACCGUGUCCCGCCGGCAAAAUGAGGGAUCACCGGGAUCGAUGUCGUCGCGCCGUCAUCUUUGGACGCAGCACCUGAGCACUAGCCCGAAAAAAAAAAUCUCCCAUAUUAGUAGUAGACAUUUUUUUUUUUGUGACCUAGUCGUAAGCUAACUUAUUUUAGUCAUAGUUGCGUCACAAUGUGACCGAUCGAAGUAUUUAUUACAAUAUUUAUUUUGUAGCUAGUAAUAAUGAUAAGUAAUA